AUGCUUUUUUGUAUAUUUGCUUUCGGUAUCAUUUGUAGUAUAUUUUUAUGAAUCCAGCAUUUUAUAGUGUUUUUUAUUGUAUGCUUUAUUAUACUCAUACCUAUCAUAGGCUGCCUUGCUUGCGGAGCUGCGCUAGGUUUUGUAUAUUGAAUUGGUAAACAGAUGUCCCAAGAAGCAUUAAAUGAAAGAGAAAAACAAUUAAGAGCAGUCCAGGAAGCCCAGCCUUUCAUACACGAAGAGUUUAUAUGCCCAAUUUCUAAAGAAGUUAUGAGAGAUCCUGUUAUUACUCCAUAUGGGCACGUAUUUGAUAGGGAAUCUAUUGAAAACUGACUAUUAACUAAACAUCAAUGCCCAUUGACCCGAAAGCCUUUAACUCCCCCCCUCCGUGAGUGAACAAAAAAAAUUUUGUUCACUCACGGGGGGGUUAAUUUUUUUUUUUAAAAAAAUUUAUAUAUAAAUUUUAUAAAAAUUUUUUUUUUUCAAAAAAUCCUAAUUCGCAAAAAUUUGGGAAGCAAACAUUAAUUUAAUUUAUAAAAAUUUAUUUUUUAAAACGCAAUUUGUUUAAAAUUAAAUAGAAUUAGCUCGAGAUUUCAUUAUACUAAUUAUCACUUAUAUAUCAAGUUUUUUCCAUAAAUUUUUUUUUCUAUUAAAUUAUUUUUGUUUGGAGGGGGGAAUAAGAAAAAGAGAUUUAAAGCCAUACAGACAGCAAUUUUGUAACCAGAAUCAUUAA